AUGACUGCGGAAGAGAGCAGCUCUGCCCCAAAUGGAGAUGAAAGCCUCCACAACGACCACCCGGACGACACUAGCCAGAGUUCUGAUCUUGAAUCAAGCACCUCACAGGCCCCUGAAGAACUCGCAGCCGAGCUCGACUAUUUUAGAGGUCUUCUGGAACGGAUCAUGAUCAUUGUCCGCAGCGGAGAUCAGGCGCGUGUUGCUCACUUGAUCUCCAUCAUUCGUGCCAAUCCCUCUGAUACCGACAUCUACGAUCUGCUGAACAACGAUCCUGCCAUCAAUGAUAUUCCCGAGGAUGAAGAUGACGAAAGCCCCAGGGAAGAGAACAAUUAG